ACUGUAAUCAUAUCUGUGUUGUUGUGACCAUUGGAUGGCAUCGAAGCGUGAAUUGGAUUCAUUGAAAACACAACUAAAGGACGCCAUGAAAGACGAUAAACGCACGCCGAAGAAGACUCAACACUUGGAUCAGUCCAUCAAAAGCACAGAGAAGGGUCGGCCGAGAUCUCGGUCGCGCUCCCGGAGCCGAACCCCAACCCGAAAGUCGGCCUCAAAGACGGUUACGCCGCGCGUAAAGCCAAAGAGUGGUAAGAAGACGGCGUCGGCCAAAAAACAGACCCCAAAGUCACAGACAAAGCCGAAGACCCCGAAGGCGUCCACCUCUGAGCUGAAGAAGAAGACGCCGACGAAACGCAAAUUGGAUGCCAACGACACCUCAGCGACCAAACGGCCGAAGCCGUCGACGUCGGCCCUCAAAGAGACGGCCAGAACUCCGGGCACUCGGCGUUCGCUCCGUUUGGCGCAAUCGCCGCGCUCUGAGGCGAAGCACCGGAACGCCGGCUCCCGAAACGUGUCCUUCGACGCCAACACUACUCGCGGAUCAAAUUCGGGCGAUAAUCAAAGUAAAGGAUGGCUUUCCUACUGUUCUAUCAUGUAAUCCAUGGAUUAGACACUUAUUAUUGAUAAUAAUAUUAAUAUUAGACACGAAUUGUGUGUUGUGUUUGCAUUUAAGAUAAAUUACAAAAAGACUAAUAUUUAUCUCAAUUCUCUCUAUUUUAUCAUAUUUUAUACAAUUUAAUCAUUUUCUUCGUCUGUCUUAUCAUUCAUUAUAUAUUACAUUGAUUUCGAUGUCGACAAUAGAUAACAGCAAACAAUACAACCGAU